CUGUCCUUUCACUUCCGAUGAGUAUGCUUGCUCGUACUGCACCGGCACGGGCAUGCUGCAUAGGAGGUAGACCCCAGGCACGCAAAGGAACACGUGUAGCCCAUAUGUUUUUUCUUUGUAGCACUAUACGCAAAUCUGCAAACGUUGCCCACAACUGAAAACAGCGUGAAGCAAGGACGAACUUGGGGUGUUGAACGGACUACUACCUUGCUCCUUACUGCCUAAAUUCAGCUACCAGAAACAAUACUUACUACUACUAUCCAUCGCAUAUUGAAGUCUACCGGACGCGCUUGCGAAGUCCAGGGUCCGACGAGACGCGUCGUACAAGUCACAUUCGAACCCAUGCUUGCAGGUAGGUAUCAGGUGCAGCACAACAAGUUGACCGGUAUAUGUAGCAUACGGUAGUAAUCAGGCCUGCUUUCUCUGCUAGAGUUCUUCACGCCCUUUACUGUUCAGAUUCUCGUCGGUGAAAGCGGUUCCUUUCUUGCUUUUCAGCCAUAAUACAUCUUCCGCUUCUCUAUAUCAUUUCCGGUCGCUGGACACUCCUUUACUGAACUGUCUUCGGCUUGUUCCGCCCGACUUCCACAUCGCACUCCGUUAGCUGAGGACAGGACCCGGUUUCUGAACUUGCCGACCCACCAAUUAUCUUAACAGUUACAGUAGUAUAAGUCAACGGCACAGUAGCGGCGAGGAUGUCGUUAACCUCGUCGACCAAGACUGCGGCGGUGGACCCACCAAAGACCAUCUUUGAGGCCGCUGAAAGGGGUCUUACCGGCUACAUCACGCGGACGAUUGAGCGCGCAAUUGAAUUCAAUGUUAACAUUCGUGAUAAGUACCAACGAACUGCUCUACACUGGGCAGCCGAAGCGGGCCAAGUAGAGGCAGUAGAGUGCCUAAUGGACUAUGGAGUAGAUCCAGUAGCGACGGAGUGCAACGGCAGGACCGCCAUCCACCUGGCCGCCCGCUCCGGUCACAGCGAGGUGCUGCGGGUGCUGCUGGACACGCGCCCGCCCGCGGAGCAGGAGCAGCUGGUCAACCAGCCCGACUUCUUCGGACUCACGCCCGUGUUCCUGGCGCUGCAGAGGCUGGCAGGUUCGCUGGUGCCAACGGUGAGGUCAAGGACCCCGCUGACGGCCCCGUCAAGGCGUCUGCCUAACAAGGUGUCGGCUGGCGGCGGUGGCAACGGCAGCACCUGCUAUGGCAGGAGCAGAGGCAGGGGCACCUGCUGCUAUAAGAGCAGGAGCAGGAACAUCAGAUGUGGCAGGAAAGGCGGCGAUGUUAUACGUUGGUGCAGCGGCAACAGCAGCGGCAGUAACGGCUGCAAUAGGGGGCGUAGUAGCAGGGAUCGAGAGCAGGCAGAGCAGUGGCAGCAGGAACGAGCGGCUGCCGGGUGUCGCAGCAGUUGCAGGAGAGGGUGGUGGGGGUGGUGGGGGUUGGGGAGGAGGAGGAUGAGUAGCAGGAGGCGGCGGAAGCGGAGAGGGGCGCCAUGGUGGCGGCUAGCUGCGGUGCAGCAGUUUUGGGGUAGGCUGCAAGACGGCAGGCACGCAAUGUUGCUAUGUAGAGGGUGCGGCUGCAGACGGGCUGUGGAUGUUUGGAGGUGGAGGAGAACGGGGGCUGUUGACGGGUUGUGUUCUGGCGUUGCUUUAUUGUUGGAGGGCUGUUGGUGCAGUUUGAGCCUUUGAAGUCUGGCUGUGAUGUGCAUGUUCAGUUGAGUCCUUAGGAAGGCACGAGACAAGAGUAAGAAACAUGAGGGAUUACUGGUUGACGAUGUUGCGGGAAUCAACAUAGGCGGGGCAGUAGGCGCCUGUGCUGGGACGUAUGGGUGCAGGAUUGAAGGGGGCAUCAAUUGUCGUUAGGGCAGUUUAAGGUUUACAGGACGUAGCCCCUCCCUUCUGAAAGGCCAGAUCUAGGUUGCCGCAUCUGGGCGAUUGUUCCUGACAUGGCUUGGGUGUGUGACCGACCCUACUUACCAUGGUGGUUCAAAUGGCAGUACUGAACACAAGUAUUUCGCUCGUCACCUCUUCUUCCUCGUCUCUGUGCGUUGACCGGUGAUCCGUGACCAGCAACCUUGAACGCGUGUGUCCGCGAUUUAUUUGUCGGGGAUUUAUUGGCGGGAAGGAGGGAUUGAGGAAGGGGCAUAGGAGGUAAAGUGGGCCCAGUAAUGCCGCGUGUCCGCAGGAAUUCACAAUAGAUCAAGCGGCCGGCGAGCCCACAGCAAACACCUUUUGCCCCGUGACCCGCCUCCUGUGCAUGUAUCCGUUGCAAGUCGUUGUUCGUUUGGGCGUGUGGGGGUGUCCAGGGUCAGGAUCAGGUGCACACGUGUGCGCUUUUCCCACUGCAUGCUGGGUUUGGAGGGUUUCACUGGCAGCCAUCCAGUGUACGUGAGUGUUGAAAGGCAUUUGGCACACCCUUUAGGUGCGUCAGCCGUUUACAUGUGAGACUCAUCAAAUGAUCUUUUAUGUGUGCUAAACGCUACUGAGGCACUGAGACAGAGGGUGUGAGGUCAGAAUGCCGGUUGAGAGGAGUGGGGAGGUGCGGACCUAUUCCAUCCACGUCUCUCAGCGUGAGCUGCGGGAGGGGAGCCCCACGUACCCAGUGGCAGGACCUCUGUGCCGUCGCUGGUGGAUUUUGGAUCCGAAGGAUUGGAUUGGAUGCCGUCUGGUGCCGUAAUGAGGAUUGUGCGUUGGACGUGUGGGAAGUCGCAAUAAAGCAGCAACUUGUCAAGGAGGACUUACAUACGACUGUCUUUGUCGUACGUGAUCUAAAACACCGUCCUUUAUAUCUCUGUAUUUCCCUUUAUGUUGUCUCCAGGUGUGUUUACGUAUGUGUGCCUGCUCAGCGGUCUGCUGGUAUGUGUGUUGUGUCCGUUUGUGCUUUCGUGUGUUUUUGUGCCGGGCCGUGGGCGGUUGUCAGCUGUUUAUGGUCACGCACCGGUGGGAACAAAAGCCAAUUUUGCAGUGUGGACCUCCCACUGUAACAGUCAUUGGCGUCCCUCCAUUUCCGUCCAGGUCCGCAAUGCUGCAGGAUGAACUGCCGACACCGCUCUUUCCUCCCACCACCCAGCCCCGCUCCCCCAGACACUCUCCCGUGUUGCUUACUGGACUGACCUGACACGCUACCACGUCC